AAAAUCUUCCUUCACUCGCGGUCAUCACUCAUCAGUAUUCAGUGGUAAUAAACUCUCUGGCCGGUCCACACGCAUUUAUUAAGUAGCUAGAUAAUAAUGACUGUGAUCUGUGGUACAUAAUAAGAAUAAUAUAGGUCCACUUGUAUACGAUAAACUUUUAAAUAAAAAUUAAACGUGCAAGUGUGUUAUCACAACAUUUUUGCCGCUUUGAUUUGUUUAUUGAAUCCGGCUCAGCAACCUUGAGUAUUUUAAGACAUUUUUUUUAUUCAAUAGUUUUCCUUGUUGUCUCAAACAAGUGCGAAGAUGAGGUGGUUUCUUGUGAUCUUUUUAGUACCGCUUACGAUAUGUGGCUCAAAUACUGCCAUCACUCCAGAACUUUUAGAGACGGUAUUCGGAAAGCCCAACAAUGGGACAAUACCAGCCGCGGCACCUGCUCAAGCGAAACCAAUUUCGCCAGAGGCCAUUGCUAUUGCUGACGCUAUGCCAGAUUACGUAGCAGAUGUUUUGGAACAGACAUACGUACCAUCGCCAGCUGACUACGACAAAUUUGAUUGGACGCUCACAAAGCGUGUAGCAUCAAGUUCGGCCGAGAACUUCCUGCUAUCUCCCCUAGGACUUAAGCUGGCUCUUGCGAUACUUACGGAAGCUGCGACUGGUACUACGCAAACAGAACUCUCUUCCGUGCUUGGCUUCGACACUGACGUUAAGGUGGUUAGGAAUAAGUUCCGGAUGAUCCUGGAAUCGUUAAAAACUAAGUCAUCACACUACGUACUCAACCUAGCAAGCAGAAUAUACAUUGAUGAUAGCCUGGUACCGCUGCAGCAUUUCGCAGCACUCUCCGAGAGUCAUUACAGAACUGAAAUUAAGAACCUAUAUUUCGGUCAUCCUGUUAGCGCGGCUUAUUACAUUAAUCAGUGGGUUAACAGCACUACUGGAGGCAAAAUUUCCGAUUUGGUUAACGCAGAUGAUGUGUCCGGGGUGUCAGCUUUAGUAUUAAACACGAUAUUCUUCAAAGGCACAUGGCAACAUCAGUUCAACCCGAACGUAACGAAGUCCGAUUUGUUCUAUACCUCAGCGACAGAUAAGAAGGAGACUUUAUUCAUGUGCGUGAGGGAGAAGUUCUUCUACACUGAAUCGAGCAAGUUGAAUGCCAAGAUCUUAAGGAUGCCAUAUUUGGGCAGCAAAUUCGCCAUGUACAUCAUUAUACCGAACUCCCUCACUGGUCUACCGGAGAUCUUCAAUGAGCUGACGGAGCUGCGCAGCGAAUUGUACUACCUCCAGGAGUACCUGGUAGACGUCACCUUACCAAGGUUCCAGUUUGAGUAUACGUCGAUAUUGGACGGAAUUCUUCGGGAGUUAGGUAUCCGGCAAGCCUUUGAAGACACAGCCUCUUUCCCCGGCAUUUCUCGCGGACAGUCUUUGAACAACCGGAUGAAGAUCUCUAAAGUUCUGCAGCGUUCAGGCAUUGAGGUCAAUGAACUGGGAAGUGUCGCAUAUUCUGCAACAGAGAUUGCCUUGGAGAACAAGUUCGGUGAGGACUCAAUGCCGAAUGCGGAAGUUUUAGCAAACAGACCUUUUCUGUUCUUCAUCCAGGAUGAAGCGACGCGACAGUUGCUGUUCACUGGACGAGUUUCUGAUCCCUCUAUCAUAGACGGAGCUUUCAAACUGCCAUAGAAAUGUAUUAAUUUUAUUCAAAUAUCAUAUAAAUACAGUUACAUAGGUACUUAAAAAACCUCAAAAUAGAUCUGAGACAUAUCAAAAUAAACGUUAUAAAAAAUA